AUGUCAUUAAUCACCAUAGCAAUCGGUCAGGGGGGUCUGAGCCUGCAUUCUGCAUUUACGCAAUAUGCCGCAGAUUAUAUUGCUGAAUUGAGAUAUUGUCCCAGUGAAAAGGCGAGCAUAGAGCAUAAAUCCAAAGAGGAGUUUGCAUCGGCAUUGGACAUAUCCUACUUCGGGGGAAAGGGUGAGAAGGAAGAUGAUACCCUCCUCCCUCGUAGCAUUGUGGUGGCUACAGGGAUUGAUGUAUCCGAGGCAUUUUAUAGGGUGCAGCUUGGUGAGAGCGCCAAACACAGUAUGAUUAACAGAAAUGGCAAUAGAGCCAAAAGAGGAUUAAACUCUAAUUCUAGGGGGUGGAAGUAUGAUGAGGACCAUGUGCUACACCUGCCAGAAGCUUCACAUGAUCUGUGGUGCCGAGGAUUCACUAACGCUACCAUACAUGAGGAAAGCAUUCUAGAGGUCAUACGUAAAUGUAUGGAGGAGACAGACGCUCCUGGUGGUUUCGUCUCCUUCGCCAGUUUGGGUGGGGGUUCAGGCUCAGGCAUAGGUGCAUACGUGGCCAGAAUCCUUUCAGAUCAAUUUCCGAAGCUUAUUCAUCUGCCGGCUGCUAUUGCGCCAUUUACAUAUGGGGAAUGUGGGAUGCAAUCUGUGAACACAACCAUGGCGUUGUCAUACUAUCAGGACUUUUGCGAUGGUGUCCUGUUGCUACAAAAUGACAUUCAAGCAUCGUUGUGUGCAAAGGUAUUCGGCGUUGGUAGCAAUUCAUUUGACUGCUUUAACAUGUUAGCCGCUACAAAUGUCUUUCACGGUCUGCGACCUCCAUCCAGCACCUGUCCCAUAUCUGGGAGUGUUCGUUUCGGCAAUUCCUUAAAUUUCAUAACGGACGGUCUUUGUAGUUGUCCAUCUAUGAAGCUACUCAACCUAGACCUACUGCCACUCGAGCGCUUAGAUGGGGUCAAGAGAAACGCUGUUAGCAUACACCAGAUUGCCAGCCAACUGGCAGACAGGCUAAAGGCAGAUCCAACCUUAGUUGACGGCUUAAAUAAUGAAAAGGUGUCUUUAAUAGCAAAAGAGCCAACGUCUCAAGACCCUGUUAGUGGAACCAAACAAAGGGGUGCCCAGGGAUUAAAAGAGCAAAUCAUUAUAAAGGAUUUUAGCAACUACGAGAAGACCGAAAUUAGUCAGUCCGAUACUAAGAAUUCCUUCAAACAUGUGAGACACAUACCAGUCAAAUCUCCGGACUGUGAACAUAUAAAAAUAACUGAAAAUGGAAUUUCUCUUCUAAAUGCCCCCAGUACCGACGCGAAACCCACAACCUCCAGCUCGUUUAAAUUAAUCAAGACAGUUGGAAAGAAGCGUGCCAACGUCACCAAAUUCAAUGUCGUAGCAGGUGUACAAGUGAAUGUUGGUGGUAAUGUUAACGAGAAUGUGAAUCUGGUGGACCUCUAUCAAGAUGUCUUGUUUUGGAAGCAUUCGACGCGCCCAUUGCAGGUGUCCUAUUGCCCGAGCGAUGUUGGUUUGUUGGGGACUACCAUGUCACAGAUAUCCAACAGCCAGGCGGUGGUGCCAUUUCUGGAUUUCACCAUUACAACCGCCAAAAUGUGCUAUGCAACAAAUGCAUACAUGCAUAGAUUUAAUGAAGACGGAAUUGCUAUGGAGGAGCUGCAACACGGCAUUAUAAAUGUGCAAGAGUUGAUGGAAUCCUACGGCGCAAUGAGCAAUAUGCCCUAG